GAUUGCACGCGUGUUUAGGUUAGGUAAAAAAUUUUCUACUUUGUUGGUGAAAAUAGGUCGUCGAAGGAAGCGUUCGCCUUCAGUUUCCGAUUCCUCUGAAGAUGAGGUUCGGUAUCGUGUAAGGAAGUUGAGAGAAGCUUUUGAGCGCCGUGAGCGUCAUCUUGCUCGUGCUAGAGAUCACUUUAAUUUCCCUGCGGAGCCCCCUUCUUCGUCGCUUGCUUCUGAAGCUGGGGCUGUAGAAGAGACGGCGGAGGGAAUUCCUGACCCGGUGGGCAGUGAAGGUCGAGAGGCAGUGGUGCCGCUAGACGAUGGAAUUCUGAAAAUUCUGGGACGACAGGAGUCAUCGAGCAUUAACUCAGAAGUUAUUCACCGAGAUUUGGCUGAGAUUUGGGGAAAAAUCCUUCAAUCUGGGUUAACCGAGGAUGCUCGUUCAGCCAUUAUGGCAAAGUAUCCUUUGAUCUCAAAUUGUCCCCUUUUGGAACCCCCAAAAGUGAACCGUGAGGUUAAAAACUCUGUCUCCGAAGCUACGUUGGCCCGAGACUCUCGAUUGAUGGCUAUGCAGAGCAGAAUUUGUUCAGCCCUCUCGGCAUUAGGAAGUGCUAUCAACAUUCUUCUGAUUGAAGAUGAAGAUACGAGUCGCCUGUUGGUGGAAAAGUGCAGUGAUGCAGCUCGCCUGAUCGCCGACCUUCAUCAUGAACAAUCACAAGCCCGUCGAAUGAUCUUGAAAGGUGCUCUUAACAAGGACCUGGCUGCUACUUUAACUGAAGUCUCGGUGGAUGGUUGGUUAUUUGGCGAUAACUUGAGUGAUCGUAUUAAGGCAGCAAAAGCCUUAGACAAGACUACGGUGGAAUUACGUGCUCGUUCAGCUUCCAAUCCAGUAGCUCCUCGGGCUGUGCCUUCGUUAAACUUCCGAGGUCCCCCUCGAUUUGCAAUGAAACAGCAGGCUCGUCAAGGUGGACCGCGUACCCAAGUUCAGAGCCUAAGAUCGCAGAUCAAGAAAUCGUUGACAACCAGGUCUGCUCCGUCCUUCCGUCCUCAGCGGUUUCCUCCAGCAUCUCGAGAGGAGCGUUUUCACCGGCCGUCGAGACGCCAUUGAGGCCUCUAAUUCAAAAGGAGACACCCGCUAGAGCCCAAACUUUCCCUGGUGGCAGGACUGUUAUCAGGGAGGCUUUUCUAAAGAGGGGUGUUCCAGAGUCAGCAGUUCGGAUCCUGGUUUCGUCUAUUACAACAUCCACGUUGCGACAAUAUGAAGUUGCACUUAAAAAAUGGUGGAACUUCUGUUCACAGAGAUGUGUGGAUCCCUUCACAAAGGACGUUUCCUUGGUUCUGGAUUUUUUAGCUCUCCAGUUUGAUCAAGGGAUUGGUUAUAGCACCAUUUGCUCAGCUCGUUCUGCGCUAUCUUUGCUUAUUUCCCCUGAAGUGGGAGAAGAUGCAAAAGUCAAGCGACUCAUUGAAGGAGUUUUUAACUUAAGA